AUGGUUAUAAAAAAAAACUGGCCUUGUGAUCGUUGUGGAAAAACAUUUCCUAAAUAUUGGAAACUUAUUCGGCACUUAAAUCGAAAAAAUCCAUGCAAACCCAAACCUUAUAUUUCUGAAUUACCAAUAAGUUUUUAUCUUGAAAUAAAUGAAAGUUCGAAAUCUGAAUAUUAUACAGCAGAUGAAAAAUAUAAAAAAUUAGCUAAGUUACGUAUUCAUCUUAAUCAAAAAAAUCUAUGUCAACUUAAAACAUCAUCUAUACUAUUAAUUCCAUCACCUAAUCCAGAAAUAGACUAUCUCAAUGUAUUGGGAUUAUUUGAUUCCUCAGAAAUUGGUGAAAACAGUCAUUUAGAGGUUAACUCACCCUCAAAGGCUGAAAGAGAAUAUCUCGAAGCAUUAUGA